CAUGGUUGGCGAGGUAGGCGGAGGGUGACAAGCUAUUAUUAUGACAGCAGUUUUUAACCAAUUCUAGUGUCUGUUUUGACAUAACGCAAAAUUAAUUGAGUGCUGGCACUGAUCUCAAGAAAUUCUUACUAAUAAGGGAUAACCAGACAUCAAGCCAGGCAUGUCGCGGGGAAGUUUUGGAGCAUAUACAAAGGAGGGGUCUGGAGGGUAUAACCAGGGAUCAGGAGGAUAUUCCCCAUAUCAAUCUGGUGGACCCCUCACAGAUCGAGAAUCAAACAAUGAAUUUUCAAGACUGCAGCAGAUUGUGAGUUCAAACAUCCAGAAAAUAACACAAAAUGUCGCCAAUGUCCAGCGGUUGGUCAACCAACUUGGUACUGCUCAAGACUCUGAACAACUCCGUGAUGAAUUACAUAAGAUAGAACACUACACAAACCAGAUCGCAAAAGACACAAGUAGUAAUCUGCAAGGAAUGAUGAAGCUCUCACAGGUGUCCUCACAUCAGGAGCAGAGACAACACAAGAUUCAGCGAGAACGAUUAACGGAAGAGUUCACAACGGCACUCAACAACUUCCAAGCAGCGUUGCGCCAUAUGGCAGAAAAGGAGAAAGCUAGUGUGCGAAGAGCCAGAGCACAUUCUAGUUUGGGACAGGAUUCUUUCUUAGAACAAGAAAAACGUGACCACCAAUUGAUAGACAUUGCAAGCUCUGGUGGCCAAAGUCGCACACAGCAAGUACUUCAGAUGGAGGAAGAUGUCGAUCUAGAGCUUCUUCGGGAAAGAGAGGAUGCUAUUAAAAAAUUAGAGGGUGAUAUUGUUGGUGUGAAUGAGAUUUUUAAGGAACUUGGCAUGAUGGUCCACGAGCAGGGUGAAAUGAUAGAUAGUAUAGAAGCCAAUGUUGAAAGUGCUGAGAUAAAUGUCACAUCUGGUGUACAGGAACUGAGUCAAGCACGGGACUACCAGUCGAAAGCUAGAAGAAAGAAAUGCAUCAUCAUUCUGAUAAUCCUAGCUGUGCUUAUUGUGAUUGGUCUUAUUAUCGGUUUGUCUGUCGGACUUAAGCAUUAGACGAUUCUUUAUUCUCAGGUGAAAUCACGGAAGAAACUGUGUAUCAUCAUAACCAUCGCCCUUGUGAUUGUGGCGAUUAUCGGUAUCGUUAUCUGGCUUACCAACAAAUAGAUGGUGUGGACGUUUGUUGUGAGAUGUAUAGAGUGAUGCCGGGUGAUAUGAACAACCCGCUUGAUUGUCCUUGAUAUGAAAACCCUUUAAUCAUGUUCAUUGCCUGGACUAGUUUGUGCUUUGUGGUAAAUAUCCGUGGAAAGUCAUGUACCAAAUUUUAAUUAAACGUGCACAUACGGAAUCCACCAAUUUACUCCCAUCUUCGCAAAUGAUAUGUACAUGUAUUUGAUGUAUAGGUCAUUAAAUUAGAUUGCCUUCUGAGAGAUUACAUGUGUAAUGGACAUCAGCAGUUGUGGCUUGAGAAACAGACUGAUUUGUCUUAGGGGGAGUGACUAAGAUGUGUUGCUUUAACUAUUAACUGUGGCAUUAUAAGGACUGCGGAUAAGUGCAUUCAUCCAAAGAGGCAAACAUGCAAACCAAAUGCAUCAAAACCAUGAGGCAACUUAGUCCAAGAUAAAUACUUAAAUUUGUUUUGUGUUGAUUUUUUUUUUAUUGAAUUUUAAAGUUUGGCAAAGCUUUUACAUGUAUAGAGCUUAAAUUCUCUGUUUAAAUCGUUCGCAUGCCUAGUAGGCUAGUAUUCUCAAUGAUGCCAUUUGGCAUCUUUAUCCUCAAUGCACCUCAAAUGUACAGCAUGAUGCUGCCUCACGAUGUCACAACCAACACCCAUGUUAAAUGUCAAGGUUUCUUUUGCUGUGUCAUUUGCGUUUGACUGUUUCAUUAUCUCAUUUGAUGUCCAUCUGCCAUAAAAGUGUUACGUAGUUGUGUUAGAGAGUUGCAGGCACAGGCAAACACUGUCUGUGGAGUGUGCCAUACCUGUAUCGCCACGAUACACGUAGUUCUCCAUUCUGCCAAACCUGAUGUUAUUCGCUAUGAUAUUCCUGUAUAUAGUCGUAUUCUCUCUUUAUUGUAUAAGAGUCACUAAUAUAGAUGUACAUAAUUUAGAAUGCCAGUCAAUGUCAGAUGCGUGAACACUGAAAUACCAAAGGAUACCCGAACCCUUUACUGUCUUACAAGAAAUGAGUAGAAAUGUCUGUAAAAUACUCGGAAAUGAAAUCAAAAUCUGUGCUUAACUUUUCAGCCUGGCUCGAGCCGACUGUAUGUUCCACUCAAUAGGUUUCAGAUUAAGUAUGUCUCUUAGUAGUUGCUCUUCAUAAAAUACAUCGAUCGAAGUCAAAAUGGGUGAUGUUUGAUAAAAUGGUGCAUCAUGAUGCCUUGAACAAAAAUCUAGUUGUCCACCCACCAAGCUUGAUAAAUAUGUGUUACACUCUGGUUGAAAGAUCAGUUUCCACAACUGCGGCUAAAGCCCCAUACAUGUGGCUUUCUAAGGUGUGAGGUUCAUUUCCAUGUAAGUUAAUUGAAAAGGUUGUGAAAGUGGUAACACAAGGACAGUAAACUGUUAUUGUAGAUUUAAGCCUUUAUGGUGGUUAACCUCUGACACUGACUGUAUGUAGAUAUGAUAAUCUAGUAUGCAUUGGUGUUUGUGAUGCAAUAUGUUUCCAUUUUGUAACCUGGUAUCUUUUUGUUAUUUCGUUUUAUAUGGGUGCUUCGUUAAGCCCUUGCAAUAAUUUUUGUGCUUUUUUAAUCUAUCUGAUAAUGAAAUCAACUGAUUUUGUUUCCACUGAAUCCUCUCUCGUUCUUGAGUUGAACCCCCUUCAUUAGUGCUAUUGAUUUAGAGUUGAAGAACUAGUUGUAAAAAUGGAAUGAUGCCUUUGGUUUAACUGUAUUACAUGAACAGCAUUGUUGCGAUCUAGCUUGUAUAUAGUAUAUGUAUUUAUGUAUAUAUUGUUCUAGAAGCAGUAUAGAGGUUGAUAAAAUCAUGUUGUUUAUUGUAGAAAGCGGUAUUGUAACGGUGAUAUCUCCUCCUGCCAUUUCUGCCAAAUGAAUAUUAAGGGAGUGUGCCACACCAUCCAAAUAUCAUGUCACCUCAUAGAUUUUUGUAAAGUAAUCUGAUCUUGGACAGGAACGCUGGUCCUCCACGCGACCAACGGAGUUCAAGAUCAUUACUUCCCUCUCUCUAGCCUCUUAGUUCAGCCCUAAGCAGUAUAUCAUUUGAACAUUGUAGCUGUCAGUUUACAUCUUUUAUCCUGUUAUGUGUUCAUGUAAAAAUUCUGUUGAAUUUGACUUGGUUAUGUAACAAGAUCAAAGUUUAUUACGUUAUAAAAUGAUAGGAAACAUCAUAAACAAGUGUAAUAAUA